CAUUAUUGGCCCCACACCCAUUUCUGCCAUCAUCAGCGAGUUGCAUUCAUCGUCAGAGGGGGCAGAUCGCGGCCCAAAUAUCGAUUCACUGGCUAACCUCGAUGCGUGCUUUCAAGGCUUUACGGAUAGGGAGGCGGUCCAUGAAAAGCGAGGAGAAGAACAAACCGCACAUCAGCAUCCCGCAAAAAGCUGCUGUCGCAAUCGUUCCUCCCAAAAAGGUGAUCCGGGCGCUUUACGACUAUACCGCGCAGAAUCCCCAAGAACUCAGUUUUUCGCGAGGCGACUUCUUCCACGUAAUCGGGCGGGAAAACGAUCCAGACUGGUACGAGGCCUGCAACCCCGCGCUAGCCGACCCCCCCGGUCUAGUUCCUGUGAGCUUCUUCCAGGCUCUCGGACGCAACGAGCGCGACAGUGGCCAGUCCCAGCCCGAUUCUGCGCAUUCCGCCAAACAUCCCGAUCAUGAUUCUGGCUACGGCGACGGGCCAACAGUGAUGACACCACCGGUCUCCGCUAGCCAGCGGAACUCGAAGUCGGGGGGCAAGUCCGGAGCUAUGGUCUACGGCGUUGUGAUCUACGACUUCCAUGCGGAGAGGGGCGAUGAGCUGGAGGCGAAGGCGGGCGAAGCCAUUAUCGUGAUCGCCCAGUCAAAUCCCGAGUGGUUCGUGGCGAAGCCCAUCGGGAGGCUGGGCGGCCCGGGUCUGAUUCCCGUUUCGUUCAUCGAAAUCCGGGACAUGGCGUCCAACACGCCGGUCGUCAAUCCCCAUGAAGCCGUCCGGAGGGCUGGCAUCCCCAAGGUCGAGGAGUGGAAGAAGAUGGCGGCCGAAUACAAGAACUCGAGCAUCACACUCGGCAAAUUCGAGACUGGCGCCCAACCGCAAUCGAUGGAGCAGGGAAUGGAGCGCAUGAGCAUCCAGCAACCCAGUGGACGGGUUAGUCAAGGCCCAGGUUCGAAUAUGCAGCAACAAGCCCAGCAACAGCAGCAGCAGCAGCAGCAGCAGCAGCAGCAGCAGCAACAACAGCAGCAGUCACAGCAGGCGGCCUACAACGUGCAACAAACACCAACUCAACAAAGCCAGCCCUCUUCGACACCCAACUCGCAGAUGUUUGCGCCCAUCUCGGCUCGGAUUCCCAGGUACUGCUUUGCGGAGGACAAGUACUGGUUCGUCAUCGAAUCCGAACUAGAAGAUGGCCACACUUGGGAGCUGGCACGAUACUACGAAGACUUCUACGAUUUCCAAAUCGCACUCCUCACCGAAUUCCCCGUCGAGGCCGGAACAACCGGCAAGAAGCAGCGGACGCUACCGUACAUGCCCGGCCCCGUUAACUACGUGACCGAUGCCAUCACGGAAGGGCGCCGGCACAACCUCGACGCCUACGUCAAGAGCCUCCUAGCCCAGCCGCCAUACAUCGCCAAGUGCAACCUAGUAAAGCAGUUCUUCGCCCCAAGGGAAGGCGAUUACGAAAUCGACCCGAGCGCACUAGAGGAGGAGUACCGUCUGUCGGCCGGCUCGCGGCCCUCGUCCACCGAUUCCCCCGCUGACGGCGGCUCCCGUCAAUCCUCCCAGCAAAACCUCGGUGGCGGCUACGGCGGUCUUGCCGGUCGCCAACCGGGCCAGCAGCAGCAACAGCAGCAACAACAACAACAACAACCACCCAUGGCGCGGCAGGUCUCUUCCCUUUCACAACCCUCACAGACCUCGCUCUCGCCGGGCAUGCAGACAGCGGGGACUUCCAUGAAGGUCAAGCUCAGCUACAACGGCGACAUCAUCGCCAUCAAGGUACCCUCCGACAUCCAGUUCGAAGCCCUCUACGACCGCAUCAUCGACCGCCUGAAGAUCCCCAUGGGCGAGGAUCCCCAGCUCAGCUACAAGGACGAGGCCACCGGCGACAAGCCCCCAUUGAUGAGCAACAACGACUUGGACCUGGCGCUGCAGAGGAAUGAGAAGCUGUUGCUGUAUGUUGAGUGAAGAGUGCUGGGAGGGUCGUAGGGGUGUUUCCUAUUGGGAGGAAAUGGUUGACUGGGAUGAGGCGGGAAGAUGUCUUAUGGGUUUUUUUAUUCAUUCUUGAUGGGCUGGGGCACUGGGAUUUUUUCACUUCUUCUACUCGCUUUCUGUAGGCCUC